UCCCCCUUCUCUUUGAGAUGCAGCUGACGGAAAUGCUAUUCACACUCGAGUGAUAUUCAGACACUGUGAGAAGCUACAGGCAGCACGGUGUCUCUCCUCCUCCAUACAAGAACACAACCUCAUUAAAACUUAAAAGGCUCUGCCUCGGAAGACAAGCACGAGUGAAAGACAGAAAUUUGCACCAAGGGGGGAUCUGCAGCUUGUUGCUGUUACCUGGAUUAACCUCUUCACCUCCCAGGGCAGGGCAGGAGGACGUAAGUGAUCUUCCCGUCACCCGCCACCAUGGAAGCAGUCGCCUUGUACAAUUUUGUGGCGUCGGCCACGGAUGAGCUGAGUUUCAACAAGGCAGACACGCUGAAGGUGCUGAACAUGGAAGAUGACCCUAACUGGUAUAAAGCUGAAUUACAUGGCAUAGAAGGCUUUAUUCCCAAGAAUUACAUUAAAUUGAAGCCACACGACUGGUAUGUAGGCAGAAUCUCCAGGACAUCAGCAGAAGAAUUACUCCUGAAACAAGAAUACAUUGGGGCUUUUCUAUUACGAGAAAGUGAGAGUUCACCCGGUGAAUUCUCCAUAUCUGUAAACUACGGCAAACAUGUGCAGCACUUUAAGGUUCUUCGCGAUAAUGACGGCAAAUAUUAUUUGUGGGAAGAGAAGUUUCACUCCCUGAAUGAGCUCGUGGACUUCUAUAGGACUACUACAAUUGCAAAGAAGCAACAGAUUUUCCUGAGAGAUACAAAACCUGAUGAAGAGCUGGAUAAGCCCACUUUCGUGCAGGCUUGCUUUGACUUUUCUCCACAAGAUCGAUCGGAGCUGAUCUUUCACCGAGGCGACGUCAUUGAAGUGUUGGAAUCCGUGGACGCAAACUGGUGGAAAGGAAGGUGUAAUGGCCGUAUUGGCUACUUCCCACGGAACUACGUUCAGCCAAUGAUGCAGUAGCUCUCCAUAGCAGCCGGAUCUGAUCAAGAACAUCAGGAAGAAGCCUUUCAUCGUUACCACUUCUGUUUUAAGUCAGGCCUGGUCCCCGCAUCAGUGACUACACUUCAAACGCACUUCAUUGGCUGUAAUGUGCUUUUGGGAUAUCCUGAGAUUAUGAAAGACGUUAUACUAAUGCAAAUUUCUUCUUCGUUGACUUAAGCACAAAAUUACUAGUCUGACUCUAUGUUCUUUCCUUCUGUGUAAAAUUUUGUGCAUGACUUUAUUUGCUUUGCACUUGGAUCCCUGCUGCCUCAUUUUGAUGCAGAAUCUAGAAUAAAUCCUGAGAAGUUAUCCAGAGGUCAAAGGACAUAUAAACCCCAAUUGCUCACAACAUUUCGGUGCAUGUAUCGAUGGCAAAUUUCCUGCUGUCUGUGUAAUGUCUGAGGAUGUUGUUGAACAGAAAAUUUUAAAAAAGAUCACCUUC